UUGUCAUUCGCUUUUUGUUAUUUCGACGUUUACAUUUCGAACACAUAUUUUAAAAAGGAACAAUGAAAUUUGUAUACCUACUCGCCUUUGUCACUUUGGCUUACUCAGCCACAGUGUUUGCUGCAGAUUGCGAUCCCGACAGCAAUGGACAGCCCGAAUGUAAUGCUUCGAAUGAGGGUGCGAUUUCACGUAAUUUCUUUGAUCCAACUCACUACUGGCAGUGUAAGGACAAUGUGGCUGUCUCAGUACGUUGCCCUGAUGUAACUGGUUUCCUGGCUUCUGCUGGAGAAUGCGUACCAUGGAGCGAAUGGAAGUGGACAGCACCAUGCCCAGAUGUACGUCCCUAAUUAUGCACUGCUAUACAAACCUUAAAUAAAUUUGACAGUAUUCGAUGGAUUAGUUUUUUGUUCAGCUCUAUUUAAAUAAACAUUUACAUAAACACUGCUAAAAUA